CCCCUCCUCUUUUUCUCACUAUAAGCAGCCGCGGCUGGCUGGGCUGAGAGUCAUUUGAGCUCCCACCGCAGACAUGGCGACGUUGACAGUGGUCCAGCCGCUCACACUGGACAGAGAUGUUGCAAGAGCAAUUGAGUUAUUGGAGAAACUACAAGAAUCUGGAGAGAUACCCGUUCAAAAGCUACAGUCCCUCAAAAAAGUUCUGCAGAGUGAGUUUUGUACAGCUAUUCGUGAGGUGUAUCAAUAUAUGCAUGAAACUAUAACGGUGAACGGCUGCCCGGAGUUCCGUGCCAGGGCCACUGCAAAGGCAACAGUCGCAGCUUUUGCAGCUAGUGAAGGUCAUUCUCAUCCUCGAGUAGUGGAACUACCCAAGACUGAUGAGGGCCUUGGCUUUAAUGUGAUGGGAGGAAAGGAACAAAACUCCCCCAUUUAUAUCUCUCGCAUCAUUCCCGGAGGGGUGGCUGAAAGACAUGGAGGCCUCAAAAGAGGAGACCAGCUGCUGUCAGUGAAUGGAGUGAGUGUGGAAGGGGAACACCACGAGAAGGCAGUGGAGCUACUCAAGGCUGCUAAGGAAAGUGUCAAGCUGGUGGUCCGCUACACACCCAAAGUGCUGGAAGAGAUGGAGGCUCGCUUUGAGAAGCUUCGGACUGCCAGGCGUCGGCAGCAACAGCAGCUGCUGAUUCAGCAGCAGCAGCAACAGCAGCAGCAGCAGCAAACACAGCAAAACCACAUGUCCUAGGUCAUUGAGAGGAAAAUACUUGGAUCCAGUGGUCUGGCCAUCAUGUAGAGUUGGAGCUGCGCUUCAGGGUUAUAGCAUCUGAUGAAAGUCAAAGAGAGCACCAAUAAUCAUGCCUGUCAAGAAAGAAGCUAAGAAGAAGUGGUGUAAAUUCUUUACCAAGGCAACUCUAUACCUUCUUUCUCUGGGCCUGACCCCCUGCCAAUCAUGUGCACUUUACACGCACAGCCCUUCCAUUGAUAGCCCUGGGAGUUCUCUAUGUGUAAAAAUGAAGGCUUCUCCACAUGCUGCUGGCUCCAUCUGCAGACUUUAAUACUCUAAGGAGAAAAAAAAAAGUCUGUGGCUUUUAAAUACCUUCUUAGGGUCAGGGAUGGAGUGAGUCUUUGGCUUCAAGCUUUUCCAGAGAUUAACACACCCCUUAUUAGUCUAUAGAUCAAACUGCAUCAGUUCAAGGAUUUUGCCACUUAAGACAAACCCUCCUCAUCAACAUUAACAUCCUCAUGCCCUAUACUAUAUACAUAUUGCAGAGUUGUUUGAAUUGGACUUCCAGUUUAUAACAAACGCAAAACUUUUUUUCUGAAAAAAAAAUAGCAGUUAUUCUACUAUAUUUAUACUGUAUUCAGGUUGUAGAAGCAAUUGGCUUUUUACUCUUGGUGUUUCCAUGAAUUUUAUUAUGCAUUAAUUAAUAGAAUGGGGCAAUUUUAGGUCACCUUUUGCUUUCUUAGCAGCAAGGGUAGAGAACUCUAGUACUGUAUUUUUAAACUUAGGUAUUGCUUGUAACUACUAUUCUGAAAUCUAACUGAAUAUAAUGUAUAUUUAAUUCCAUAAGAUAUAUAUUGUCAGAUUGUAUUUGUUACAGAUUUAUGGUCUUUUCUUACUAUAUAUAUUCAAAAUCUGGUAAGAGAAUACUACAAAAAAAAAACCCAGCUUCAUUGAACAGUAAACACAUGAUAGAUAUAACCCAGCUUUCUGUAUUCUUAAGUUUUAUAUUUUAUGGUUAACAAACUCUGGAGAAACGUAAAGUGUUUCUAUCCGCACUGUCAUCCUGUCUUAGAGGUCUAUUUGCUAUCAAAACUUAGACCUUUACAAACCAAAUUAUAAUGUAUGUAAGUAGAUAUAUACAAGUAAUAUAUGUUAUACAAAGCCUCAAUGGUUAUCUUCCCAAAGAUUGUUAGGUGUAUGUUGCUGUGAUUAGAAGACUGAAAAUAAUGAUUAUUUCUCUUAAAAAUUAGGAACAAGAAACAAUGGAUUUAUAUGCUCCAAAGUUUAAAUAGAUAGAUACUAAUUUUUCCUUGGGACAAAAGGACUCCAAAUUCUAUGCAUAUCUUUGUGUAUUUGCAUAGACAGUGAAGAAUAUUUCAGUAAGGAAUAUUUACCCAGAUAAUGAUUAGCUACAAAAUAACAAUUCAAAAGGACACCUAAGAACAGUACUGACUUGACUGAGAAAAAGAGGGGAGCUCUACAAUGGAUUUUCCUUGACCAGGCAGAAAAGGAAAGAUGAUUAUUUAAACAAUUGGACAACUUCCAUGAGAAAGUUUAUUAACCAAAGUGAGAUAUGUUCAGUAAAAACUUUUUAAUUAACUAAGAAACAUGAAACAACCAUUGCACACUCUACUUGUUCUCAGAAAAUGGAGCUAUUGUGCGUGAUGACAGUUUUCAACUACCCUUCUAAGUCUUAGCAAUUGAUUUCCAAUUAUAAUAGCUGGUUAGGGUUUGGCAUCUUCAACAGUGAUAAUUAACAACAGAGAGCACAAGCCCACCGAAAGGCAGGAAGUCUGAAGAGCAGACCAUCAGCCAUUUUGACAGUGCCAUGCUGAGGUAGCUAAAUGCCAAAUUCUUGAAACCCAUUCUCUCUGAACUUGAAAGGACUGAAAUACAAAUCCCCGAUUGCUACACCAUGCAGCUAGCAGAAAGGAAAAGAGAGAAAGAGUACGGUGCGAGGAAAUUCUUGGAUGAUAUUUGCUAAGCUUGCAAAAGGUAGUUUUUACUUUUUAAACACGCUAUAAACAGAAAAAAACGUUUUAACACAACUGAGUGUGAUUGUCCUUUAUGAAAGUCAUUGGUCUUUUACAAGGGAGAAAGUGGUUUCUUCAAUGCAUUUAUAAGUUUCAACAUUCAAUAUAUCAAACUAAUUCAGAAAACAGGAUGUCUUUACUUGACUACAAAUGUUAUCUGAAAAUUAAAAUCACUGUGUGAUUUUACAUGAA